AUGUCACGAGAAAUGGUUUACGUGCAACAGUGUAUGGGCGUUAAUGGCCUCGAGAAGGUCAUUCUUCGAGAAGUCCGUGGCUUCUCCGCUGAGGUAUAUCUAUACGGUGGUCAGGUUACCUCCUGGAAGAACGAACUUGGGGAAGAAUUGCUCUUUGUCAGCAGAAAGGCUAAUUUUAUGCCUCCAAAAUCCAUACGUGGAGGGAUUCCAAUAUGCUUUCCUCAAUUUUCAAAUCAUGGCUCUCUUGAGCAACAUGGAUUUGCAAGGAAUAGGUUUUGGACUUUGGAUCCUAAUCCCCCGCCAUUUCCAACCAAUAGUAACAACAAAGCUUUCAUUGAUUUGAUUCUUAAGCACUCAGAAGAUGGUACAAAGAAUUGGCCUCACAGAUAUGAGUUUCGCCUGAGGAUAGCUUUGGGACCCGCGGGAGAUCUGAUGUUGACAUCCCGUAUUCGAAACACAAACACAGAUGGCAAAUCAUUUACCUUCACAUUUGCCUAUCAUACAUACUUAUAUGUUACUGACAUCAGUGAAGUGCGAAUUGAAGGACUAGAGACACUCGAUUAUCUGGACAACUUGAAGAAUAGAGAACGAUUUACUGAACAAGGGGAUGCUAUAACAUUUGAGUCUGAAGUGGACAAAGUGUACUUAAGCACACCCACAAAGAUUGCUAUAAUAGACCAUGAAAGGAAGAGAACUUUUGUAUUGCGUAAAGAUGGGCUUCCUGAUGCCGUGGUAUGGAACCCGUGGGACAAGAAAGCAAAAACCAUAUCUGAUUUCGAAGACAAUGAGUACAAACAUAUGCUUUGUGUUCAGGCUGCUUGUGUAGAGAAAGCAAUUACUCUUAAACCUGGUGAAGAGUGGAAAGGAAGGCAAGAACUAUCUGCAGUUCCUUCAAGUUAUUGUAGUGGUCAACUUGACCCCCGGAAAGUACUAUUUAGCUAUGGUGCCUUCUAA